AUGGCGGCGGGCCUCCGCCUCCUCCAUCUCCUGCCGGGGCUGGAGCUGUGCCUGCGGUCCCGUGCGCUUACUCUCCUCUCCUCGCGGUACAUCUCUACCCUGACUCCACGCCGCAUUCCUGAUGAACAGCUCGGUCAUUGCAAAGAUGCCAAUGGCAAGGCCCUAGACCUAGAGGCUAGAGCCCAUUUAAAAGAACUUUGCCAAUUGGGUCUGCAGUUUUCUUUUGAAGAGGAGAGUGAUGAUGUGGUGUGCGAAAUUAGCGAAGACGUGGUGCGGGAUGUGGAGAAGGCUGCAAUUGAAUUGCUUGCUGCCAAUUUCACUGUUUCUGAGCUUAGGAAGAAACUACCAAACAAGAAGUAUCCUUUUGAUACAAUUGAUGCUGUGAUUGCUAAUUUCAAGUCAAGUGUAAGUCUCCAAAUUUUGUAA